GCCAGUCACUUCCACUAUCGAAAGAAGAAGGGAUUGGAUUAGAUCAAAUAUAUCACGAAUUCAUCUUGAGAUGGUGUGAGUUUGAUCUGUUUCAAGGUAUAUUCACUGUUUACAAGAUCUUCAAUUUUCAAAGCAUGCAUGAUUAUUUAAGUCAAUUAAGAUAGCAAGACAUUCUAAGUCAUCAGUAGUUGUCAAAUGUUGUAUAGCGAUUAUUUGAAUUUAUUUAAAACUUAUGUUGUUGGUGUGUUUCCAUUUGUGCUAUUUGUAAAUGCUCCUCAUGGAAAACUAGCUCAACCAACGGUUUGGUUCUCUAAAGGCUAUGUACCUGGUCGUCUUGGCUGGAUACUUAUGGAAUUAGUAGCUCCCGUUACUUUUCUAUAUGCGUUACAGCAGAGAAACCAUUCUCUGGCUCCUGGGUUUGUAGGGGAUCUAUCCUUUCAUGAUUUAGACCCAUUUCGUAAAGUAUUGAGUCUUAUGUUUUUGAUUCAUUAUGCCAAUCGUGCUAUUGUGAGUCCACUUAUCUUUGCUCCUCAUGUUUCUCCCAUGCAUUGGACUGUAUUUGUUUCUGCGAUCUUAUUUAACUUUUUGAAUGGAAUGUCCAUCGGUUUAUAUUUGCUUCAAGCCACAGUACAGCGUCAUCCAAUCUCUUUGCCUUGGUUCAUUUUAGGUGGAUGUUUAUGGCUUUUCGGUUGGAUUGGCAAUAUAUAUCAUGACAAUAUACUUUACGACCUUCGACGACCGUCAGUUUCUAAGGACGAGCGAACCAAUUCAACACCUUCGACUAUUCUACCAUCCAAUUCUAGUGAUGAGGAGGUCGUUUCGUCUUUUCAAUCGCACUAUAAGAUUCCUUACGGUGGUCUAUUUACCUAUGUUUCUUGCCCCAAUUAUUUCUGUGAAUGGCUUGAGUGGUUUGGCUGUUAUUUGGCUGCCGGUAUGCAAGCCGAACCCAUUUGGUGGUUUUUUUUGGCUGAGGUUCUUCUAAUGCUUCCACGUGCCUAUAAAAUCCACUCUUGGUACCGUUCCCAUUUCUCGCGGUACCCUCAAGACCGCCUUGCAGUGAUCCCUUUUCUGUUUUAAAGCUCUUACUGCUUGAUGAGUCUCGAUAUUUUUCUUCGUUUUGUAAUUUUAUUUUCUCAUGGUCUGUAACGAUUUGGACAGAAUUACAAUUUUCUUCUUCUUCUUCUUCUUCUUUUUGUUUUUUUUUUUUUUAUUUUUAUUUUUAUUUUUUCAAGUUUCUUGCAAAUCUGUUCUAGACUACUCCCUUUCUCUCCUAGACUGAUUGGAUUAUUGUGUAAGCAUAAAAUCUUUGCAUUCUGGAGGGGAAUAGCUGUUGCUUGUCUUUGCUUUUGCUUUUUUUUUUUUUUUUUUAAAUUCUGGUUUUGGAUUGCUAAAGGAAGCAAAGAUUGCUCUUCAGUACAAGACCUGCGAUAAUCUACGCGAGACAAACCAGAUAUCUCAUAUAUUUUGCAACAGUUUCAAACAACUAUGGCUGCUUUUUGGUAUUCCUUUUCCUUUUCCUUUUCCCUUUUACUUUUAUAUUUAUUUUUUUACAAGCUCUGCUCGAAAAAAAUAUAAAGACAUACCCAUACGUUUUUGAAGCUUCUUUGAUUCUUCUUCAAGUGCUAUGUAUGAUAUGAUGUCUUGACGAUACACAACUGGUUGCAACUCCAGUAUGAGUUUGUUUAAUUUAAGCUAUUUAUUAUGAAUCUUUUAGAUAAUUGUAACCAAAUAUGCAUAUGUAUAUCCAUAAUCUCUACUUAUUGAAUAAGUAGAAGUAUAAGUUAGAACCCAUUUACCGAGAAGCAACAUAGCUUUGAUAAUUAGAGAUACGAGAACAUAGCGUAUUUUCGAAUAAAUUUUAACGUAUCAGAUUUAC